AUGCCGGUGACGGUAACCCGCACCACCGUGACGACCACCAUGUCGUCGUCCUCCGGCCUGGGCUCCCCGACCAUCGUGGGUUCCCCUCGGGUGCUGACCCAGCCGCUGGGCCUCCUCCGCCUGCUGCAGCUGGUCUCCACCUGCGUGGCCUUCUCGCUGGUGGCCAGUGUGGGCGCUUGGACGGGGCCCAUGGGCAACUGGUCCAUGUUCACCUGGUGCUUCUGCUUCUCCGUGACGCUCAUCAUCCUCAUCGUGGAGCUGGGCGGGCUCCAGGUCCGCUUCCCGCUGUCCUGGCGCAACUUCCCCAUCACCUAUGCCUGCUACGCCGCCCUCUUCUGCCUCUCCUCCUCCAUCAUCUACCCCACCACCUACGUGCAGUUCUUGUCUCACGGGCGCUCCCGGGACCAUGCCAUCGCCGCCACCGCCUUCUCCUGCAUUGCCUGCAUCGCCUACGCCACCGAGGUGGCCUGGACCCGGGCCCGGCCCGGUGAGAUCACCGGCUACAUGGCCACCGUGCCCGGCCUGCUCAAGGUGCUGGAGACCUUCGUGGCCUGCGUCAUCUUCGCCUUCAUCAGCGACCCGGUGCUGUACCAGCACCAGUCGGCCCUGGAGUGGUGCGUGGCCGUGUAUUCCAUCUGUUUCAUCCUGGCAGCUGUGGCCAUCCUGCUGAACCUCGGCGACUGCACCAACGUCCUGCCCAUCGCCUUCCCCACUUUCCUGUCGGGCCUGGCCCUGAUCUCCGUCAUCUUCUACGCCACGGCCCUGGUCCUCUGGCCGCUCUACCAGUUUGACCAGAGGCAUGGCGGUCAGCCGCGCCGGCAGAUGGAUGUCAGUUGCAGCAGAAGCCACACCUACUACGUGUGUUACUGGGACCGCCGGCUGGCCGUGGCCAUCCUGACAGGCAUCAACCUGCUGGCUUACCUGGCCGACCUGGUGUAUUCGGCUCGCCUGGUUUUCGUCAGGGUCUGA